AUGAAUAUUGCCGAACUUGCACGUACAUUUGACACUCAAGAAAGCAAACAUUUUUCACCGUUUAGUUCUACAACACAGAAGAUAUCGAAUAAUCGCUCAUCGACAGCUCGAGUCAAUGAUAGAGCAAUACAUGAAAAACCAUUAGCAAUAGAUUCACAUAAUUGUUCACCAAUGAUACAACUUACAACGAGACAAAUUCCACAUUCACACAAUCAUGGUCAACAUUCAUUAGCAAACUAUCAAAUAUCCUCUUCUCAUGACAGUCUUAAAUACGAAAUUUUACCACAAAAACAAACAUCGGAUAAAGCAAAAUACACCGUACAAAGAGUACCUGAUGAAUCAGAUACUUUUAACCAUAAUAUUGCUCGUGAAUUAAACGUAAGACAAAAGUCACAAGCACACAACAUUGCUCAUCAAACAGUAAACUAUUUUCAACCAAUGCAAUAUCCUUUAGAAAAAUCGUUGAAGAAAUCAUCAGAAGGAUUCUCUCCACAGCAAAUAUCAAUAAUAACAGAUACUGGUUCCAGUGAUAUGGAACUAACUAAUAUUCAACAUUUACUCAAUCUUAUUGAACAAGAUAAUCUUCAUACUGCUCAGCCAUAUGUAUCCAGUAGAAAAUUUAAAAAGAAUUGUGAAGAUGAUCAACUUUUAGUUGAUACUGGAUCGAAGACAGCAGCAACUGUCCAAAAAGAUUAUACAAGACAAAGUGAGAAUACAUAUCAUCGGCAAGUACCAGCACGUCGAUAUAGUGAUACAAAUGGUUUUAGGUUAUACAAAAAAAUGCAUUCGCAAAAUUCGUUUACUAGUGAUCAACAUUCAUCAGUGAAUAGAAGACAACACAGAGUACGACAUCGUGUUCAAGCGUCACCAUCUAUUAAUGUUUCACAACCAUCGAACACAGUAGAUACGCAGUCCCAAACAGACAGUGAGUAA